AUAAAGGGGCGUGAGAUUAUAAAAACUUGUUUUGCUUUAUGCCUUUUUGUACCUUCCACACAGUUAGUCCCAACAGCCCACGGCCACCAUCUGCUGCUCCCGAAGCAGAGGCUCAUACAACGGCGUCAAGCCUGGAGCUUUAAGACAACAACGGGAGUUCCCGUUAAAAGCACCAAGGUUCCCAAGAUAUCGGAUUAGCUGAGUGAAAUUCAUCACUAAAGCUAAAACCACCGUUGUUGCCGCCAGCCACCAGUCCAAACUAAGUCUCAUAAAUCAGAACAAAAUGGUGCAGAACAAGAUCACCGAAGUUACCGGAUUCCAUCGCUCUUUUAAGGGUCAAAAUCCCUUUGAAUCGGAGGAAUUUUCCAAAACCGGAUCCCAUCUUCUUGAUACGGCCUUUAACUUUGAUUGUUCUGAACGACUUGACAUUCCAUCCAGCCAGCCUAUUGACAUCCCUGAUGCUAAGAAGAGAAACAAGAAGAAAAAGAGAUGCAGGGCAACAGACAGUUUCUCAGGGCGGUUUGAGGAUGUAUACAAACUGCAGGAUGAGGUACUGGGGGAAGGGGCCUAUGCCAGGGUCCAAACUUGCAUCAGCCAAAUCACCCAUAAAGAAUAUGCUGUGAAGAUUAUUGAGAAGAGGCCAGGACAUAGCAGGAGUCGUGUUUUCAGAGAGGUCGAAAUGCUGUACCAGUGCCAGGGCCACAGAAAUAUUCUGGAGCUGGUGGAAUUCUUUGAGGACGAGGACAAGUUUUACCUUGUGUUUGAGAAGCUGAGAGGAGGCUCCGUCUUGGCCCACAUUCACAGGAGGAGAUACUUCAGCGAGCAGGAAGCCAGCAUUGUGGUUCAGGACAUUGCGAGUGCUCUGGACUUCCUUCACAAUAAAGGUAUGGCCCACAGAGACCUGAAGCCUGAAAACAUCUUGUGUGAACAUGAGCACAGGAUUUCUCCUGUGAAGAUUUGUGAUUUCGAUCUGGGCAGUGGAAUUAAACUUAACAGUGAUCGUUCUCCCAUCUCCACCCCAGAGCUCCUCACUCCAUGUGGUUCAGCUGAAUACAUGGCCCCAGAAGUGGUUGAAGCCUUUAACGAGGAGGCCACAAUCUAUGAUAAGCGCUGUGAUCUGUGGAGCCUGGGGGUCAUCCUUUACAUCAUGUUGAGUGGUUACCCUCCAUUCGUGGGUCACUGUGGAAGUGACUGUGGUUGGGAGAACGGAGAACCUUGUCAAAUGUGUCAGAACACCUUGUUUGAGAGCAUCCAGGAGGGCAAGUAUGAGUUUCCAGAGAAAGAGUGGGCUCAUAUUUCCUCCAGUGCCAAAGAACUCAUUUCCAAACUGCUUGUACGAGACGCCAAGAAGCGUCUCAGCGCUGCUCAGGUUCUCCAGCACCCCUGGGUACAAGGGGGUGCACUUGACUGUCUCCCUUCCUCGAUCCUUCCCCAAAGGAACAGCAGCACUAAGGACUUGACGUUCUUUGCAGGCAAGGCAGUUGCCAUGAACCGGCAACUGGCUGAGCAAGACGACCUGGAAGAGCAGCAGCUGCAGGACCCUCCUCAUGUUGUCACGGCUGGUGCCACAUCUAUGCGCAUUUCCCCUCCAUCUAAUUCCAAAUUGGCCAAGAGAAGACAGAGGAACAGCCUGCUGAGGGGGGCACCUGUUUCCGCCUCCGAGCUCAGGCAGCUCCUGGCACCGCUGGUCAUUGUGGGAGACUGUGCUUGAUUGGUUGAGCUGGGCUUCCCAAAUUUCAGAUGGACAAAUGAAAGGCUGAGUAUCUGCUACCUUUGUGCAAACAUCCCUCUCCCUUUCCUCUGUUCACUUGAAUAAGACCCAACUAUUUACUAAACAAUGGUUUGGUUCAGGCCUGUCCCAAAUCCAGUUAGAUCCCUUAAGCACUGUCGCAAGAGCUCCAACAGCACUUUGAUCAACUCAACAGCCCGGGAACAAAGGUCACCAGGACAGCUCUAGGCAUUUGAACUGGACUGGAUUUAGAAUAGAGUCUGGGUUACAUCAGCCAUUCUGAAAUUUGUCUGAAGGCAGAGCAUAAGAUACCAGCUCAGAUACCAAAGGUCUAAUACCCCUACUCAAACCAAUUUUUUUGUGCUGCUUCCACGUUUCAACUGGAUCCACUGUGAAUUUUCUCUGCGAGAAAUGCAUUAGUUUUAUGAAUGUUCUGCCUGUAAGUUUGCAUGGGCGCUCCCCCCUCCCUUUGAGCAGAUAUUGAAGAUACUAGUGUGUGCUUAUGCAACGCUGAUGAAGGCUGUUAUAAAUGGCAUUAUUUUAGGAGAUCUCAUCUAAGUGGAGUGAAUCUCUGAUAAUAGUGCCUCACCCCAGUUAAUGCAUCUUACUCUCUUUAACAGAAGAAUUAAUGUAAGUGCUUUUAUAAAACGAUAAGCUUCACAUUUCUGAUUUCAAAUGAUCCAAAUGAUCUGAUUUCCAAAAAUAUACCCCCCAUUUCCAAUGCAAGUCACUGUAACCACUGUAAUUUUUUUAAAAGAAAGUAGAAAUAAUUUGUGCUAAUCAACAUUAUGCCACAAAUGCUGUCCAUUUUAAGAUGCAGCACACACACAUAUAUAUAUAUAUAUAUAUAUAUAUAUAUUUCUUUUUUUUUUUUUGCAAUGCAAGUUUUCCCACUUUGCAUCCGAACCGAUGACCAGAAAACCACAACAGUUCCCUGUAACUGAACUGUCACCAAAAACUAAUAAGGAAGAUUUCUGAGCACAACAGGGUUUAAGAGCAUGCCGGGAGACAUCCAGGUGGUUGCACAAGCACACGUUUGCCAAUGUGAAUGACCAUGGCUGGUAUCUGGGAGUCGAGGCUUUGAGCAUGUGGCCUCCAUACUGAGGGGGGCAAUUAUUGUACGGAAAUAUUAAACCAUCACCUUGUGGGUGCCGCCAAAAGUAAACGAUUCUAAAUAUUAAGAGGGGAUGGAGAAAUCUAUUUUCAAAUAGUGUAACUUAAAAAAAAUGGAAAAAGCAUUCCAGGAAAAAAAAGGAUAAAAAAAUAAAUAAAUAAAACUAUACAAAAAAAGAAAGUCUUCCAAGAAAAUUUUGAUGUAUGAGUGAAAUGGUCUAAGAAAGUUUACUUUGGUUUUUAUAUGUUUCUAGUUGACUCCAAUUCAGAGUGUGCCACACUGAUAUUUCAAACUUGUAGAGUUUUGUUUAACUUUUUAUUAAAAAUAUGAUUUUAUAUCUUAUUUUUAAGCAGGUGCUGUAUGUUGGAAUGAUUUUAUUUCAUUUUUUUAUUGUUUUUUGUUACUUAUGGUUGUUGAUUAUUUGCUGUAAAGAGAGAGCAGAAUGUAAGUAAAUGUGACUUGAGCAAGAGGAAAGAAAGGAAGGAAAAACUAAUGAAGUAAACAAAAGUCUGAUGGUCCUUGCAGAUCUAUUGUUUUACUGGUUUUGCUCUUGCUUUCGAUGUGACUUCAGGGUUGUUUAAACUCCCCGAAAUUAUUGGUGGCUUGGUUGCUUUAGGGAGAUGCAACAAAUUUUCUCUAAGUGCGUAUCUAAAAUCUAAUGCUUUAAUGUCAGCGCAUGUCUGGGAGUGCUGAUCUUUGAUCAGUUUUAACCAUUCCCAUGCUGAAUUCAAAAGACACCAUGGACUUAGUUAAGUGGAGCAAUAGAUCACCAUUCUCUGUCAGAGGUGCAUUUGGGCCCAGAGAUCUGGAUUCAAUGAAGUCUUUAUGAAUCAACAAGCAUUAGUGUCUGAAAGCAUUAGUGUCACCAAUGGGAGUUGAAAUCACCCAAGCAUAUGAUCCUGUUGAAUGUUUUCAGAGCGUCACUAGUUCUUUUGUGUACAGCUCUAAAAUAUAUUAAACCUAAUGGCAGUCCUUGGUUUUGAAGGAGCCAUUAUGCUGAUUAUGACACUGAUUGUAACCUAUACUGAUUUUCUUUCUUAUCUUUAAGAAUCUUUUUACAGAUACAUCUUUGUGGGGGGUUUUAUGUCUUAUAGUAAGACUUAAAUUGUAUGUGCAGCGGUUUCCUCUUGUUUUGUUCAGGAAACUACUUUGCUACAAUGAAUAUGUACAAAUGGAAAACAAAAGCGUUCACAAGCUGACAUUUAAAGCAAUCUUUGGUCUGGAAAAUACAAUUUCCAUGACUUUUUCUGUAUUUUGUCUUUUUCUCUUUUUGCUUUGUUAUAUUGCAGAUAUCCCAAAUGUUUGGGGUUUGUAUUUUCUGAAGUGUCUGUGGUGCUUGGCCGGUGUCCUGAAAAUAUAUGCUCCCUAUCAGGAUGUGCUACCAAUGCUAUAUUCGUUUGUUUUUAGUGUUGGGCUUAGGCUUUGAGGUAGGGUUAGAGCUUAGUGCAGCCUUACACUAUAUCACACUAUCUGAUAGUUUAUGCUGGUAGCACAUCCUGAUUGGUAUUAUCUGCCUGACAAGAUGUGCUUGUUAGGUUUUUAAUACAUGCUGUUUUAGUACAUACCGACAGGUUCUCCCAUCCUCUCGACAUGCGCUACCCAUGUUUUAACUUUACGUAACACUGUUUUUACUGCUGGUAGCACAUCCCGAGCAGGUAGUACAGAUUGUCAGAACACCGGUCCUCAAAAGUCCCUGUGCCUCUGACAGAAGAUUCACCACUGUUUUACCUAUACAGUUGUAUGGGUUGCCUUGUAUUAACAAAUCUGACUUGUAUUCUGAAGAUUUUUUUAGGGGGGUUUCAGUUGCAGUUAAAUGUCUGUGUUUUACACAUCCUAUUACCAGCCAUUACAAAACAAAUGUUAUAGUAUCGUAAUAUGAUGUCCCACCCUCCACCCAAAGAUUUUUGGGAUAAAGAGUAUUCAGGUGCACUUUUUUUUUAUUUAAUAUUACUCUCCAGCCUGAAGUCUUUUGGAGUGUUUCAACCCUCAUUAAGAGCACUGUUUGUCCGUUUCCAAUUUCCAAAGUUUUUCAUUUAGUCCAAAAUACUAAUUGGGGAUAAAAUUGGAAAUGGGGCCUCACCUGGGAAAACAUAGGUAUUGAUUUAAAGAAGCACUUUACUGUACCAUGUGACUAAUUGCAGUUCACUCAAAGCUAAAUUGCUGACUGUUGUUGCAGAAUUUUGUAUCGUUUUGUACAAAACAAACCAAGAAAAACAAAUGCAAUAAAAUGCUUUAAACAUAAA